AUGAAGAAUUGAUUUCUAACAUAUCUUCAUACUAUGAAAGAUAUACUCCCAUUGAACAACAGGAAUACUGUUCCAGUUUAGAAGCAUUACUUAACAAACUUCAUGCAGAAGGGAAAACUAAUGUUAAUAAAAUUAUUGAUGCUAUUAAACAGUUAGGUCAAGAAAUUGAUAAUGAAGAAAUGUUAUCAGCUUAUGAUAUUGAUAAAGAUUUAGAGAAUGAUAACAAUAAUAUACAGACAGGUUCAGAAGAGAUUCUUGAACCUUUAUAUGGAAUGCAACAAGACACUGUAGAAGAUUUGAGACUUAUAGAUAGGCACAAAAGUAGUAAUAGUAAUAAAUCUCAAGAUGGAGGCACAAUACAGGAUGAGCAAAUGUAUGUUCAACAAAGUGAAGAGACACCAGAAUUACACAGUACUCAAACCAAUAAUGAGUCUUCUACUCUAUAUUUUCUUUUAUCAUUAGCUUUAGCAAAAAAUU